GGAGGACACAACAUUGCUGUUAGUGAUGAAGAACUUGGCAACAUUGAAGGUCAUUCCAUGGAUACUUACCCUCGAGUCGACAUUGUAUACAAUCCUUGGCAUUACCAACAAAACUUGAUUGAUGAUUAUUGGAAUCGAAGGAAUCAAUAUGAGAGAGAACAGUUCUUACAGAAGACUGCUGAGGAGAUUGACCAUGUAAAGUAUUAUGCUAAAGACAGUAUUGACAAGCUUACAGAUCAAAUUCGUGAAAGUUCUGAGAUUACAAAGCAGAAGCAAAAGGAAAUCAAUGAAGAACGUCGAGAUAUUGAAAUUCUGAAUUCGAAAAUGAAAAAGGAAAAUUUAAGAGAACUUCUUUAUUUACGUGAGAAGGUUGAUGAGAUCAAAAUGAAAGAGUUGCAGAAAGCCUCAAAUAGACUCUAUUUUAGAGCUAACCCUUUAGACUAA